CAAGUUUCCAACAGUUGGGCUUUACCGACCUUCCGCCCGCCCUAUAGUACAAUGACCGGUGGUUCUCUCGUUCUGAUAGGACGUCAUAUGACGUCCUACCAUUCUCACUGCGCAUGCGAUCGCCAGUCACGGAAAGAGCCGAAGAUCUGUGUCCAAUCACAGCUGAUCACAUGUAAACAGGAAAUGCCGGGCACUGAUGAUCAGUGUGCCCUGAUGAUUAGUGUGGCCCCAGAAGUGCCACCUGUCAGUGCCUAUCAGUGCCACGUGCCAGUGCCCAUCAGUGCCACAUCAAUGCCACAUAUCAGUGCAUACCAGUGCACAUCAAUGCCACAUAUCAGUGCCCAUCUGAGCUGCCUUUCAAUGUCACCCAUCAGUGCCAGUCAGUGCCACCUAUCAGUGCCACCUAUCAGUGCUGCCAAUCAAUGCCACCUAUCAGUGCCAGUCAGUGUCGCCUAUCAUUGCCAGUCAGUGCAGCCUAUCAGUGCCGCCUAACAGUGCCAGUCAGUGCUGCCUAACAGUGCCAGUCAGUGCCACCUAUCAGUGCCAGUCAGUGCUGCCUAUCAGUGCCACCUAUCAGUGCCAUAAAUUCAGUGUCAUGUAUCAGUGUCAUGUAUCA